GAGCAUCCGAAGAAACCAGACGUACUUUUUAAGUGUCAGUGAAUAAUUUCCGAAAAUUUUCAUAUUUCUUGUGAAAUACCACCAAAUUACGUUACGAAAAUGACUCCUCGUGCAAAAACACCCAAAGCUCAAUCCAUUACUCCUCCAACGACGCCGGUUGCAAAAUCUCAACCUCAAUCCAAAAGUCAAGCACCAAAGCCGGUCAAAAUCGCUCAAAAGUCUUUGACCAAAGGAGCAGAGCUUCAGUUCAAUGUCUAUCCAGUGUUGCGAAAACUGAAGAAACGCACCAAUAAGAAGGUAAGAAGAGAAGCAGGAGUAUACGCAGCGGCUGUCAUCGAGUACUUGGUUGCCGAGGUUUUGGAGUUGUCUGGCGACAUGGCGAGACGCCAUAAGAAGUCUCGUCUUAGUCCGCGUUUUAUCAUGUUGGCCAUACGCACGGACGAGGAAUUGAACCAAAUUUUCGGGGAUGUCGAUUUCGCCGAAGGUGGCGUCAUUCCACACAUCCAUUCUGUCUUGCUUCCAAAGAAGACAACACGUCGCCGCCGUACAGUGGAAGCAAUGGAGCCAGAAACGAAUACCGAAGCUUAUUAGAGCUUCCGACUUGUGCAAACGAACUUAUCAACCGGAUAUUGAUAAUUUUUCGUCUUGCGAUUGAUUUUCUUUUAGUUUUAAGCUUUGAACCUUUAAUUAACCUCUUUUGAUCUCAAAUGUACUAAACUGUUGCAUAUAAAAUGUAAAUGCAACAAAAAAUUUCCCUUUUUUCGUUAAAAUUAAUAAUAUUUAAGCUAUUGAUGUACAAUUCAUGUAUCGAAAUCGACCAAUGACUUUUAACUCUUUGAAAAAAGUCGAAAUAUUUAGAGUAGAAAUGAUAUUUGAAUUCUUUCUGUAAGAGAUGUUGAUCAAAAAUAUGUAUAUUUGUCAAAGAACAUCCAAUGUAAUAAAACUAUUUACGUAACUCAA